CUGUCUCUUUUUCUUCUCAGCACCACAAGAACUCAUACUUUUAAGGAUGCCAGCCAUUGUAAAGGGAAUUACAAACGAAAAUUUUGUCAUUACACAGUGCGAUCACUAACAACAACAACAACUGAGUGGGCUACGGCGUGGAUGCUGUACACCACGAGGCGGCCCAGCCCACGCUGUCGUACAGGGUCACAUUACGACUAAACAUCUCGGGACUCGAAAAUACGGGGCGCUGCAGCUGUGAUGGCUGACCAACCGGCGUCUGACAAAGUUUCCGGCAAAGUUGAUGGAAAAAGCAAGGAACCGCAAAAGUUCCUCUACUUGCAGUUACAGCAGGACAGAACUGGUGAUGGAACCGGACGUGUGGCGACCUUGGUUGGUGGCCGAGGGGCAGGCGGACCAGCUCACUUUAUUCCUCUCACAGCAAAACUUAAUUCAAUAUCUGUACUGGGGUCUGGAUCAAGACCUUCUCGUUCUACUGUUUCAGUACCAGCAUCUCGUAGUCAGGGAACUGCUGUUGUCACAAUGGCAACGAACCGUCCUGUUGUAGCCACAGCUGUAAGUAUGCCAUCAUCUCGGUCCACUGGCGUGACGGCUUCAACUGUGAGCAGCCCGAGGCAGGUAAUGGCAUCUCCAGCGACAACAGUUGCAUCUAAACUAGGAGGUUCAACUUCCAUCGUACGCAAGACUCACACCAAUGUUGUGGUGUCAUCAGGGUUCUAAGCAAGGCGGAUCAGUUCCUGUGUCAAACACAAACUCCGUCAACAUGCUGUCAGUCAACUUGGGGCAGAGCAAGUCUAAUAUGAUUAAUUUUAAGAUAUCCAAUGGGCAAAUCCAAGCAGACAAUAUACAACAAGUUGAUGUUUUACGGGAAGCUCGACCUCUGGUUCAGAGUGGGAAGCAGGGAGAGGACCGGAAGGAUACUCCUGUAGUUGUUGCUGGCACUGCUUUGGCCCAUGCUGUUGGCACAGGAUCUGUGACUGUUUCGGUGACUGGAUCAGUGCCCACUGCACUUAAAAUACCUGAUCCUGUCAUUGUUCCACUAACUGUUCCAAUUCCACAAUCAUCUGUGCCAGAUGAAAAUACACUCGCAAACCUCAAAGAUGUAACUGUGGUUGCAACUAAGAGAGACAAAGGUGACUUACUCCAGAAAGCUGUUGACAUUCUGGGAGGGGAAUUUCAUGGUGAUAAGCAAAAUGGCACAGAAGCUCAUUUAGCGGUACCAGAAAACCUUCCAGACAGUCAACAAAGGCCAAAAAGAGUACCUGAGUGUGUAGAUGUUGAUGAGGAAGAUGAUGUGAGAGAGGAAUUGAAGUGUUAUGAUGACAAGCCAGAAAUAGUGGAAGUUAAUAAGGAAGUACUGAAGAACCUCCUUUGUAAAUCACAAGAACAGAUGAAAAGUUUAAGUCCGGUACCAGGAACAAAAGAAGAAAUCAAGCAAGAAAAAGUUGAAGACACUUUUGAAGAAAUUCCUGUGCUUAGUGACAUUGAUUGCAGAGAUCCAAAAGUAAAAAUAAAAUCCAAAGUUCCUGCAAAUAGGGAUGAUAUUCAACCUGAACACAUUAAGUUUUCAGAUCUAUUAAGGUGGGAGAAUGGUGUGGGAAAACUUAACGGAAGUGACCUGAAGUUCAAGAUGAAUGAAUUUAAUGCUGUGGAGAUUGUUGAAGACAGAGAUCUAGAAGAGAUUAAAAACCACCAAAUUAAGAAGGCAGAUCUGUUGACGCCUCGACAUCAUGCUCGCAAACCCAACUACCGUGAGAUUGUGAAAGAUGAAGAAAUAUUUUCUGAUAAUUCUCAAGACUCUGAACCCCAGGGAAAUAAGUCCACAAGAGAAUCAGACGACAUUUGUUGCUGCAAAAAUUGUGGGUGUUAUGGCCUCAGCUCAGAGUUCUUCCGUGACAGCAACUUCUGCUCCGUAGCAUGUGGAGAUGUGAGUAUUCACUGUAAAAAAAAAAAUAUCUGUUAGAUUAAUUUUGUAACUGAUCUGGUGAUUGGAGAUUUAUUAGGGUCACUGAGUUAGUGGGUACCUUAUCUGUAAAGGGUCAGUGGAGGAAGCUUUAAAUGUGUAUUCAAAGCUGUAACACCAAAGUUUCUAGUUAUCACAAUUUGGCUAUUUUUUGACAUUCUUAACCUCUGAGUUUAUUUUGUUUGCUUCUAAAUCUUAGCAAUAAUAUGGUAUAGUCAUCCCCCAACAGGGGUGAA